GGGCGAGGCAACUACUGUAGCACAUUUUGAAGUGGCCUGCCUACUUUCUAUAGCCUGGAAACUAUGACUAUGGGUUUUUUUUCUUACCAUAUUGUUAAGACAUAGGCUACAUUGUAUCCACGAUGUUUCUGUCCGUAGAGUGUCUAGUUUAGAUUGUUGCAGCAUAUGUUUAUGCAGUCAUACCAUAUUCAACUAAAUUUAAAGACGUGAGAUGUUUUUUAAUUGUUUGACUUUACAUAAAGCGAGUGAAAAAAAAUGAAAGUGUGUUUCGUCGUGUGUGUGCUGAGCAGCAUGGUAGUUUCUUGUUUGGGAGAAAAUAGUCGUUUCGAGAAGUCAUUCAACUAUUCCCCGGGAAUGGUGCAAGUCCUCCGGGAGACACUCACGGAUUUGUCCGAGGAGGCGCACGGUUACCUGGUCCACCUUGUCGGGGCGCGGUCCGUUGAAACUGCACAGAAGGUGAGGAACAAAGAAUAGCCUGCUCUAAGUUCAACUUAACAGUAGUUCGAAUCAUAAAUUCUUAGGCUAAUGAUGGCAGUUCUUUUGUCGAAUUAGGUAGGUGCAUGUAACAACAGGUCGGCCUAUACGGGAACCCUUUAGUGACCCUCUAGCAAUUCUCUGUUCUCUCCCCUCCUUUCAGUGUUUCUUUCAGGUGGUCAGGUAUCUGGCUGAGGCAGCGGCCAUUGGAGCGAAUGUGGUUAUGAAGUACCUCACCCAGUUCCUGAGGGCAGCAGGAAUCGAUGGUAAAGAGCUGCUCUAGGAUCAUUCAUGACAAUCUAAAAGACAAAACCGAUCCUAGAUCAGCACUCCUAUUCCCACUUUAUGAAUACAGGCCCGGAAAGCUAUUGCAAUACUCCAGUCAGUCACCAAUACUGUUCCCAUAGAGCUAAAGCAUGUCUUGUGCAGGCUUUUGUCUCAGCCCAGCACUAACACACCUAAUCAAUGUCUUGAUGAGCAGUUGACUAGUUGGAUCAGGUGUGUUAGAGCUGGGCUGGAGCAAAAACCUGCACAACCUGUAGCUCCCCAGGACCAGGGCUAGUACCAGUGCACUAUUCAAUAAUGGAACAGACAGUUGUCUAUUGUGUCAUCUAUUGAUUGAUCUCAUAUCGUGCAACAUCAACACAAAACCCAUGUACAGUACAAUGGUACACUCAUGUUGUAAUUUACUGUAAUUGUUCUCUGUAGACACACACACAACUGGAUGAAAGUCUGACCUGCCAAGGGAGCACUUUACCCACUGACAGACAUGCCCUAUACAGUGGGGGAAAAAAGUAUUUAGUCAGCCACCAAUUGUGCAAGUUCUCCCACUUAAAAAGAUGAGAGAGGCCUGUAAUUUUCAUCAUAGGUACACGUCAACUAUGACAGACAAAAUGAGGAAAAAAAAUCCAGAAAAUCACAUUGUAGGAUUUUUAAUGAAUUUAUUGGCAUUUGAUGGUGGAAAAUAAGUAUUUGGUCAAUAACAAAAGUUUCUCAAUACUUUGUUAUAUACCCUUUGUUGGCAAUGACACAGGUCAAACGUUUUCUGUAAGUCUUCACAAGGUUUUCACACACUGUUGCUGGUAUUUUGGCCCAUUCCUCCAUCCAGAUCUCCUCUAGAGCAGUGAUGUUUUGGGGCUGUCGCUGGGCAACACAGACUUUCAACUCCCUCCAAAGAUUUUCUAUGGGGUUGAGAUCUGGAGACUGGCUAGGCCACUCCAGGACCUUGAAAUGCUUCUUACGAAGCCACUCCUUCGUUGCCCGGGCGGUGUGUUUGGGAUCAUUGUCAUGCUGAAAGACCCAGCCACGUUUCAUCUUCAAUGCCCUUGCUGAUGGAAGGAGGGUUUCACUCAAAAUCUCACGAUACAUGGCCCCAUUCAUUCUUUCCUUUACAUGGAUCAGUCGUCCUGGUCCCUUUGCAGAAAAAACAGCCCCAAAGCAUGAUGUUUCCAACCCCAUGCUUCACAGUAGGUAUGGUGUUCUUUGGAUGCAACUCAGCAUUCUUUGUCCUCCAAACAUGACGAGUUGAGUUUUUACCAAAAAGUUAUAUUUUGGUUUCAUCUGACCAUAUGACAUUCUCCCAAUCCUCUUCUGGAUCAUCCAAAUGCACUUCAGACGGGCCUGGACAUGUACUGGCUUAAGCAGGGGGACACGUCUCGCACUGCAGGAUUUGAGUCCCUGGCGGCGUAGUGUGUUACUGAUGGUAGGCUUUGUUACUUUGGUCCCAGCUCUCUGCAGGUCAUUCACUAGGUCCCCCCGUGUGGUUCUGGGAUUUUUGCUCACCGUUCUUGUGAUCAUUUUGACCCCACGGGGUGAGAUCUUGCGUGGAGCCCCAGAUCGAGGGAGAUUAUCAGUGGUCUUGUAUGUCUUCCAUUUCCUAAUAAUUGCUCCCACAGUUGAUUUCUUCAAACCAAACUGCUUACCUAUUGCAGAUUCAGUCUUCCCAGCCUGGUGCAGGUCUACAAUUUUGUUUUUGGUGUCCUUUGACAGCUCUUUGGUCUUGGCCAUUGUGGAGUUUGGAGUGUGACUGUUUGAGGUUGUGGACAGGUGUAUUUUAUACUGAUACAGACAUGCCCUAUAUUAGGUGUGUGUGGGCCAGAUGGGCAAACCAUUUUCUCCACAUUGCCAACAGUAACCUACUAGGCUUUGACUAUAACUACCGGUACAAUAAUUACAUAGCAACAUACUACAAAGACUACGUUUGUGCCACGUCUUGGAAUGGAGACAAGUAAAGGGAGCAUUUUAAGAAUGCUAGGACAGAAAAUGCACUAAUAUCAUGUAUCUCUCUCUUUCUCUCCUCCAGUUGAAAUGCCUGUUAACAGUAUCACCCCAGAUGCUGUGGUCUAUAUCGGUCAAUGGCUUCUGCUGGCUCUCAUUGGCUACUGGCUGCUGUCUCUGGCCUUCCGAUUGGUGGCGUCCACUCUGAGGAGGGUCCUGUGGCUACUGAAGCUGGGUGUGGUUUUAGGACUGUUCGGCCUGAUCCUAAGUGACCGCAGCGCUGGAACAGAGACUACUGCGCUGCGUUUGGCCGGCCUGGUGAGCGUCUGCGUCCUAUUGGGUAUCGGGCAUUCUGACACCGGGGGUGACAAGACCGACCUGGAGGAUCAAGUAAGGGUGCUAGAGAGACGAGUGAGAGAAAUGGAGAGGAGGAAAGAGGAGUGAGGGAUGGAGAAGGUGGAUGGAUGGGAACUGAAAGGCCUUGUUUUGUAUAUAAUCUAGGUCUAGGAUUGUAAUAAUGACUUUGUACAUAAAGCAUUGUUUUGUUUGAAAAUGUUUUCGUAUCGUUUUGCAUAAUAAAUUUGCCUUUUUCAUAAAGAUCUCAGUUAUUUUGUGUAGGUAGCCUAGCGGUUAAGAGGUU